AUUUAAGAAUGAUUCUGUCUGCAAUACAAUCCACCGUUGCUUAAUAUUCUCUCUCUCUAUACCCUUGAAGAAGAACAUAUCUAUCUAUCUAUCUAACCUUUCUGCAAUUCCCUACUUUCUCUUCAUUGCUUUCCAAGCCAAGAAUCUCUCCCUCUACCACUUCCCUCAUAGAUUCUUCUCCCUUCCUUUUCAACCUCUAUUAACGAUGUUCUUUAAUUACUCUUCUUUUUCAUCUCUCUCUCUACCUCCACAUCAUUUUCAUUUUCAUUUUCCCUUCUCUUUCUCUUUCUCUUACAUAACCACAAAAUCUAUAAGUUUCCAUCAUCCUUAUGGCUCCUCCUUCAGAUAUCAAUGAUCUUUCUCACCCUUGCAUAUACGGGGAGUUUUCAUCUUCAUACUCAGAAAGGAAGUCUGGUUUUAUGAAAUGGUUUGGUAAGGUUUUCAAAAUUGGAUCUAAUAGAGGAAAAGGUGGUGGUCAUCAUUUGCAGCAACCUGUGGAGGAAAACAUGGCUUGGAGAGCUCCACCUAGAUCCUUGGAUAACCGUGCUAGAUCUAAGAAGGAGGAAGAGGAUUUGAAUGCAAAGAGACCAUCAGGAUAUAGAUGGCCGACAGGAACUGAUGAUGAUUAUACAAAGGCACUUCAGGAUCGCAUGCAUUCAUCUCUACAUCCUCCAUAUGCCCCUUUACCUUUUUAUCCCCGGGGAUACAGUAUGCCAUCACAUAUCCGGAUAUGUGGAGGGUGCAGCCAAGAGAUAUUCUACGGAAAUUGUUUGGGAGUCGAACAUAGUUACUUUCAUCCGGACUGCUUUCGGUGUCACUCUUGUCAUCACCCUAUUACUGAGCGCGAGUUUUCUUUGUCAGGGAAGCAUCCAUAUCACAAGUAUUGUUUUAAAGAAUUGUCUCAUCCUAAAUGUGAAGUUUGCCAUCAUUAUAUACCGAUAAAUGCUUCUGGUUUGAUCGAGUAUAGGUGUCAUCCCUUUUGGAACCAAAAGUAUUGUCCUUCUCAUGAAUAUGAUAAUACAGCUCGCUGUUGUAGUUGUGAAAGAUUAGAGUCUCGCGGUGAAAGAUACUUUAGAUUGGAAGAUGGACGGAUUUUGUGCUUUGAGUGCAUGGAAUCUGCUAUAACAGAUACUGGUGAAUGCCAACCUCUUUAUCAUGCUAUUAGAGACUAUUAUGAAGGAAUGAAUAUGAGAAUCGAUCAACAAAUCCCCAUGCUUCUAGUUGGGAGAGAAGCACUUAAUGAAGCCAUUGUUGGAGAGAAGAAUGGUUUCCAUCACCUGCCAGAAACAAGAGGCUUGUGCCUUUCAGAAGAGCAGACUGUCACCAGUGUCCAUAGAUGGUCAAGAAUUGGAGGCCAUCGAUUAAUGGGUAUGCGAACUCAACCUCAAAAGCUGAUUAGAAAAUGUGAAGUUACAGCUAUUCUUGUUCUCUAUGGUCUUCCGAGGUUACUCACAGGUGCUAUCCUUGCCCAUGAGUUGAUGCAUGGUUGGUUACGCCUUAAAGGUUACCGCAACCUUGAUCCUGCAGUAGAGGAAGGUAUUUGUCAGCUUCUUUCUUACUUGUGGCUUGAUGCAGAAGUGAUGUCAGGGUCUAGAACCAUGCCAUCAACAUCAUCAGCUUCUUCUUCUUCCUCUUACUCAUCGAAGAAAGGUGUGAAAUCCAAAGUUGAGAAUAAAUUGGGUGAAUUUUUCAUGAACCAGAUUGCAAAUGAUUCUUCCCCAGCUUAUGGUGGAGGCUUUAGAUCAGCUAAUGCAGCUGUUAAUAGAUACGGUUUACGCUGUACUCUCGAGCAUAUUCGUUUAACUGGUCAGUUCCCACUGUAAUAAAAACAACUUCUUUAAGAAGUUUGGAUUGUAGUGUUUGAUGUUGGAUUGAUUUAAAUCCAACACACAAUGUUGUUGGAUAGCUUUUCCUCCUGCCAUUUCAUGUCUCUGAGGGGAAGGUGUGUUCUAUAAGAAUGUCCAAAUAUAAAUUCACUACUAUUAUGCAUGCCUUUUAAUUCAAGACAAUGUUCUUCGUAUA